AUGACAAUUACAUUCAAUUACCAAAACAAUGAGAUAGUAUCUUCCCCUACAGUUAUUGUUAGUGGAAGUACAUCCGCAAUUGGCCAAGGGUUGGUGACUUUUACCAAUAAUGACAACAAAGUAUUCCCACCCCAGACAUUUGAGGUGAACCAGGGCCAUUUCAAAGCUAUUCUUCACGUCUCCCCAGGAGACCCUAACGUGUUCAACGUCGUUGUCUCUGACGGGUAUCUUAAUGGCUAUGGAUUCGCCGAGGCAAGGAGCAGAGAAGUCGACACUGGGUCCUUAUCGUUGGUGUUCUACCCUUUGCCUCAGAAUAAACCUAUACACUUAUGUGUUAUUCUCGGCAGAGAUUCAAAUGGUUCAUAUGAUAUGCCAAAGUAUAGACUAAAUAGAGGCGAGAAAGCUGACUUACAAUCAGCAAUUUUGAAGUUGAAGGUCGCAGGAAGGUUGAUGCAAGCGUACACGCAAGAAGAAAUGAGAUCAAUUGGCCUCAGCAAUAGGAGUUUCCAAUUUGUUGAAGAAGAACAGGAUUAUCAGGGAUUAUUUGGAUUUGACGUGAAGUCACCCACACCUCACACCGAAAUUAAAGUACAUGUUUUGAGGUCCCCCAAGACCGUUGCAGAGUUGAGAGAUCCAAAUAUCGCCCAACAAAACCCCAAUGCCUCCGAUGCUGGAGGUCUAUUCUCUCAUGCCUUGGACCUUAUAAAAAACAAUCCAGAGAUCUACGAUAAAAGAAGGAAACACAACACUGCAGUACAGUGUGCUGUCUUAUAUUUGGAUGCAACGUAUGAUCGCAGAAAUGAUAUGAUUCUAACCCACGCUGCAUUGGGAGGCGGUGAUGGAGAUGUAAAAUUGGCUAUUUUUGGAUCUCAUGGAUUGCAUUCGUGGCCCAUCAAUUUUCCUCAAGUUACUCCCUCGUUUCUUGACGCAACCCACUUGUCUAAGAAUGAAGUAGCAAAUGAUGCAAAUGAAUGUGGAACAAGCUGGGAAUGCUUGAAUAUUACUUUGGGUGCCUUCAUGCACGAGAUUGGACACUUGUUAGGAUGUCCACAUCAAGUAGAUGGUGUAAUGUUGAGAGACUAUGUUUGGUUUAAUCGGUCUUACAUGACAAGAGAGCUACAAUGUUUGAGGACAAAUUCUCCGGGUGCAGUUAUUGGAAGGAAUGGAGUAUGGCCCGUUUCUUGUCAUUGGAACAGAUUAGAUCUCAUUAGAUUCUUAUAUCAUGACUCGUUCAGUUUGCCAAUCGAUACAUUUCCAAAAGUUUAUUCUACUACCUACAAGGAUGACAAUUCAUAUGAGAAUAAUACUGCUCCUACUUCAUACAAUACUCCCAAAGGUGGAGCUGUUGCAAAAUCGAGUGCUGGUAUUUAUUUAGUAGAGUUUAUUAUUGAGGAUUUGGCAAGACAUCAUAUGGUUUUUUACCCUGAAAACUAUGGUGGAAAGGGUCCUCAGCAUGAGUUGAACUUGAAUUACAACACUUGCUAUGAAGAGUUGAAAAAAUAUGGUGAUAAGGCCAGCCCAGAUUUUGAUGUCAAAAUUUUAUCGAUCGGUGGUGAAAUAACAAUUUGGAAUUUUAAGAAUUGCUCAUCAGGUAGCAAAGACAAUAUAAUCAGAAGCGAUUUUGGUUUAGGAAAAGGUACAAUUAACGCUUACAAAAGUGCAUUAUUGGGAAGUUCAAAAGAUCAACAGCCCCAAAUUAUUGGUUUCGAUAUUAGGAAUAUUUACAAGGUGAGAGUCUACCAUGGUGGGGCAUUGGAUGGAGUCCGAUUCUUUUACACUGAAGGUAAAGCCCAAGGAGACUCGAACAAUGUUCCUCCAGUACCACCAAGGGAUUAUUCCAACAAGUUCAGCAAGAUGUUCAAGAAACUACUGAUAGAACCAUCAGUCCAAGGUGGAUCAAGAGAAUCUUUGAUUGGAAAUGAGAAAUCACACUAUUCUGAUUAUGAGAUUCGCCCCGGACAGUAUAUCACGAAGUUUCACUUCAGAAAUGGAGCUUGGCUUGAUGCAAUUCAAUUCGAAACAAAUACUGGAGAGAAGUCCCCAAUGUUUGGUAAUGCAGAAGGAGGGCAUUUGUCUACUCUUGAGGCGCCAGGCCCAGAGUAUACAAUUGUCGGAAUGUAUGGCUAUACUGGAUCAUGGAUGGACGGUUUGGGUAUCGUAUACACUGACGAGAUUCGUUAA